UUUAUAUAUGUAUAUUUAACAGGCUGUUACAGGCAUAUUUAGAACUAAAAUGUAGUUGAUGAAAGAUGGUAUUCUUCGUCCCUCACUGUCUCUUUGUCUUUACCAGGUCAAUGGUCAGAACGUGGUGAAGGUUGGUCACCGACAGGUCGUCAACAUGAUCCGGCAAGGUGGCAACAGCCUCAUGGUAAAGGUUGUCAUGGUUACCCGCAAUCCCGACAUGGAGGAGGGUUCAAGGAAGAAAAUCCCCCAGCAGAGUAAGAGGCUGAGCACUCCGGCUAUCGCACUAAGAUCCAAAUCCAUGACUUCAGAACUGGAGGAGAUGGAGGUUCCACACUGUCACUUCCAGCACCCCCACUACAGGUAACCCCACCCAGAAAAAGUGUCCGCUAUCCACCCUGUGAUCCCUCUCUCACUGCCCGCAUCUCUUACCUCUUAUC